UAAACUCUCAAUAUACGAUACUAUUAUGUUAACACCGUUGCUCACUUUGAAAACGUACACCCCGCUAAAUAUAUUCUAGAAAAAACUAAAUAAACUAUAAUUCGACCUAAAAAUCUUGAUAUGUGAUAUUAAAACAUAUACAUAACUCCCUUUUUAAGGAUUAAUAAUGGCCAUCUCAUUUUUACAUUAAUUUAUUGAGAGGUGGAGAGAAAUAAUAGUAAGAAACAUGAAGGUGCGAUCAAGAAUCGAGGAGGGGAAAGGAAAUUACAUAACUCAAUUCACCAUAAACCUUCUCCAAAUUCAUUUCUUGCAUCAUUUUUCAGAUAUCCCCCCUAUAUCUAUCUCUAUAUAUAAGCAAAGAAAACGACAUUGGAUUGCCUAAACAUAAGGAAAGAUAUAUAUCGAGAAAAAAAGGGGGGAAAUGGUAAGAUAUUUGUUUCUGAUUAUUCUCAACCUAAUCUUAAUCAUUCUUCCUUCAACCAUUUCGGACGAUAGUAUACCCAUCCCACAAGAACGAUCCCAAGUAAAGAAAUGGUUCAAAGAAAACGUAAAACCUUUACAAGCCCGAAAAGCAACCCUUGAUCCUGACCUAGUGGCUGCAGAAAAAAAACCAAGGAUCAUAAGAGUCAUGAAAAAAGGUGGUGGUGAUUUCACAACAAUUUGUGAUGCUGUAAAAACCAUCCCAUUAAAGAAUACAAAAAGGGUUAUUGUGUUCAUCGGACCAGGAGAAUAUGUUGAGAAGAUUAAAAUGGAGAGGGAAAUGAAGUUUGUUACUUUAAUGGGAGAUCCUGACAACAUGCCUACCUUGAUUUUCAACGGAAAUGCCGCAACUUAUACCACGGUCGAAAGCGGGACAUUAACUGUCGAUGGUGAUUAUUUUGUCGCGGCUAAUUUGCAUAUUAAGAAUUCGAGCCCGAGACCAAAUGGAAAAACGAAAGGAAGCCAAGCGGCUGCAAUGAGGAUUGGAGGGGACAUGGCGGCAUUCUACAACGUAAGAUUUUACGGGUUUCAAGAUACUUUAUGCGAUGAUCGUGGCCGACAUUUCUUCAAAGAUUGUUACAUUGAAGGAACGGCUGAUUUCAUCUUUGGUAAUGCAAGAUCUAUCUAUCUGAACACGGAAGUACAUUGCAUUCCAGGAGAAUUACAAUCAUGGAUAACGGCACAAGCACGGGAAAUGGAUGAAACAGACACAGGAUAUGUGUUUGUGCAUUGCCCGGUGACCGGAUUAGGGAAAGGAUGGUACUUAGGAAGAGCAUGGAAAGGGUUUUCAAGGGUGGUGUUUGCUUACUCGAAAUUGGGCCCUAUCGUCGAUCCUAAAGGAUGGAGCUCCAAUAAUAAACCUUUACCUGACAAGAACCUAUAUUUUGCGGAAUAUAAGAACAAAGGAAAAGGUUCGGAUAUGAUAGGAAGAGAACGAUUUGUGAAGAAGCUUACAGACGCAGAAGCUAAACGGUUUAUCAGCCUUUCGUAUAUUGGAGGUAGCAAGUGGCUUCUUCCGCCUCCAAAACCUAACAAGUUUAGGCCCAAAAGAAAAUUGCAAGUCCUCAAUAGUUAGAAGGAAGAGUAAACAUGUAUUAUAUUGGUUUAUAUUUCCAAGCAAAUUUAAGACUAAAUUGUUAAAACUUCAUUACUUUGGAUUUCUAUUCCAUUUAUAUAAUUUCAAAUCCAAAGAUAAGCCACAAC